UCAGAGGACAACGGGCCUUCUGGUCGGAUUCGGGCGCUGACGUCCCUCCAUGGCUGGGAUUUAGACUUCAUAGAUAGUUCUGAGGUCACCUGUACGCAUAGGUACAGGAGAGCCAGUAUAUAUGAGGAAGCAGCUCACCGGUUUCAAAGCAUCAUCAACAAACAUCUCAGUUCCCAACCAUCUCCACCACAAUCGUUACCACCAGUAUGCAUUCUCAGUCCAUUUCCCCUCGGAUCGGGAAGAGCGCCAUGCUCCUCCUCCUUUCCUCCUAUCUUUCGAGUUACGCAUACGCCUCAGCAGUCCCUGAAUCGAUCGACGUUGCUGUGAUAGGUGCAGGACUCUCCGGGUUGACAGCAGCACGAGACCUUCUCCACGGCGGCAAAUCCGUCAUCGUGCUCGAAGCCAGAGAUCGCGUAGGCGGCAAAGUCUACAACCACCCACUGAAGAAUGGGGGCGUCACGGAAGUCGGCGCCGAGUUCGUGGGACCCACGCAGGACAAAGUGCUGGAGAUGAUUUCCGAGCUGGGACUGCAGACAUUCGACACGUACAGCGAAGGGAAAUCCAUCUUGUGGAGGAACGGCACUCGGACGGCUUAUACCCCUGAUCCCGCACUUGGUGGUUCACCGCCAGUGGACAUGGAGUCUCUUCCUCUGGUUGCCAGUGCACAGAAGCAAUUGGACGACUGGGCAGCUGAAGUCAACACGAGUGCACCCUGGACGCACCCCAAGGCUAAGGAGCUCGACAGCAUGACGUUCCAGCAGUACAUCGAUCAGGUAGCACCCCACGCGGACGCCGCCCUCGUCUUGACCACAGUCAGCAAGGCCAUCUGGGCUGCGGAGCCACGCGAACUCUCUGUCCUAUACGUCGUCGCAUACAUCGCAGCAGGCGGAAACGAGACAAACGUUGGAACAAUUGCUCGUCUGAUUGGCAUCAAAGACGGAGCUCAAGAGAAGCGAGUCGUAGGCGGAACUGGUCUCAUCCCAGAGCGUCUCGCCGAGAAGGUCGGACAUGAACACAUCGUUAUGAACGCCGCGGUGUCAACCAUCACCAAGACAUCCAACGGCUACAAAGUAGUAUCCCGGGCCGGAACUGUCCACGCAAAGCAAGUCGUCCUCGCCAUGGCGCCUCCCCUCCUCCGUCAAAUCACCUUCUCUCCCGCCCUUCCCAACGCCCGUCAACAGCUCAACCAAGCAAUGAAGAUGCCGUCCAUCGGAAAAGGCAUCCCCAUCUACAGCACCCCAUUCUGGCGCAAGACCGAAGGCCUAAGCGCCCAAGUCCUCUCCGACAACGGUUCCACUCGUGUAACCUUCGACUCCACACCCGAAGACACGAAAUUCGGCGCCCUCCUCGGAUUCAUCCUCGGCGACGAAAUGCGCGCACUCGACGCCCUCACCCCGGCCCAGUGCGAAGAGAAGCUCCUGUCAGACUACGUGAGGUAUUUCGGCGAGGAAGCAAAGACGAACACGGAGUUUGUGUUGCAGCGUUGGGAUUUGGAGGAGUGGUCCAGAGGCGGGCCUGUGGCGGUUGCUCCGCCCAACGUGCUCACAAAGUAUGGUCAAGCGCUGACGAUGAGGGCCGAGGGGUUGCAUUUCGCGGGCACGGAGACGAGUCCGUAUUGGACUGGAUACAUGGACGGAGCUAUCCGGAGUGGAGAGCGUGUUGCUAAGGAGAUUAUGGGAAUCGGGUGCUGAGACUUGUGAGGAUCGGGGUAGUAGUCAUGGUGGUGGGAGUGCGUAGUGGAGGGGUUACAUCGCAAUCUUGCUGUUCAAAUCUGUAAUUAGAAAGCCUACUUCUGUCUCCUGAUUAUCUCUAGCAAGGAAAAUGGGAUGCUCUUUUCAGCAAGACGAGGUCGUGUCAUAUUUUGAGUCGCCGGAAAGCAGGAGUCUAGGUCCUAGUUCCCAGCGCCAUAUCCGGGGAAGGUGUUCGUGAUCGACAGGCCCGCGCGGAAUAUACUUUCAGUA